CUCUGUAGACAUUAGUAUUAUAUUUUGUAUCUGACAUAUUGAAGCUGUGAUAGCGAUCACAUAGCUCAAAACCGCCUGCAAACUUCGUUCCCCCAGCGUGUCGAAGACGAGAUCAUAGCAAGUCUCGUUGGGCACUUGUGUCAGUGUAUGUCGCAUUGGAUUGUGAUCAAGUACCAAGACAGUUAGACAGGCGAGAUAAUUGACGUAGAAGAUAGUACUUAUAAGAUGAACCCAUAGGCCGUACUUUUUCCAUUUGUAGCGCAGUAGUGCGAGACACAGAGGAUGAACGAUCAACUCGUUCCGUUGAAGAGAUAUCAUAACUUUAAGUAAAUGAAGCGGUGAAUGGUCCGUUUUAUCGAGGAGUUUGGCUUUUGGCUGAAGAAUUGUGAAGUCGUAGGUCACUUCAUAACUUGAUUCGCGUGGAUUCCCUGUCUCCUUAAUAUAACGAUCAAGUAUGAUAGGACAGAGGUUUGGGAUUUCGCGAAUUACCUCUUCGACUGGACAUUGGCCUGUGUGGUUUAGUAAUUCGAUUAUCUCAUCCCACUCCUCUGAAAUCCCUAGCGUCGAUUAUGCUAGAGUUCGCUCCAAGUAUACUUUUGCAGGUUUCCAAACAGCCGACUCUUGCAGCCCAGUGAAGAGGUGUUCUCCCCUUCUGACACCUAAAGGAAAACUUUUAGCUGGGAGAAUUUCGCUCAACCAUUUAAUUCAAAAGUGCUACUGACCUUCGGAAGCUACUUCCGUUGGCUAUAAGCAAGGCGACAAUAUGUGAAUGCGCAUUUGCGGCAGCAAUAUGCAAGGGCGUGCAACCAUUUGCAUCCGAGGUAUUCAUUGACCAGAGACCGUGGUCAGUUCUCAGCAGACUUUCAACUGUAGCUACGCAGCCCUUCUUCGCUGCAACAUGAAGCGGGGUCUCACAAGCUCUAUUCUGAUGUCGGCAGUCUGCUCCACAGGCUAACAAGUCACGGGUCACACUCAACAUGCUACCACCUCUCUUGGUAGCAUAGUGGAGGGCGGUACAACCGCACUCAUCUUCUUCGUUGAUAAGUCGACAAUAAAGACCAUGCUCUCGUAUUCGCCUCCACAGAGUGUCAUCUUUCAAAGCCCCAUAGUAGAUAGCCAACUGCAAAGCAUUACGCUGAAACAGAUCUCUAGCGUUGAGAUCGGCACCGAAUUGAAUGAGUGUCAGACAUGACGCAAUGGCACAUUUUGUGAUCGCAAGUAGUAAUGGUGUCCAACCAUUGCUAUCUUGAACCUCCAUGGGUGAAUGUCGUUUGAUAAGAAACGCUGUAAGAUUAGCAUGAUUAUACAUGACAGCUAGAUGCAAAGGUGUAUGGCCACUACUAUUAACCCCAGACAGUAGUCGAACUGUCUCCUCCUUGUCAUUCCAGUUCAGCAGGGAAGAAAGCACCGUUACUUCACCGCGUCGUGCUGCAUAGUGUAUCACACUGCAGUCGUUGUGUUGGAGAGCAGUUAAAUCGCUUCCAUGUUCCAGGCAGAAAUCAAUCAUUUCCAUGUUGCCACUGUUUACGGCAAGAUGUAGCGGUGUAUCACCUUCACUGUCAGGUAGAUUAAUUAAAUUUGGUUCCAUGAAACUAACAUCUGCUUCAUCUUCGCAGCCUUGAUUACCUCUCCUUGAGAGGUUCCCGUGAUCAAAGAGGACUCGAAGACAAUCCAUACUACCAGACGAGACGGCUAUGUGAAUUGGAUACCUUCCAAUAGCAUCUACUUUGAACAUGUCAGCACCCAUUGUUAGCACGUGUUUUAGACAUUCAGUGCUAUUAUUUCGACAGCAACAGUGAACCACGGUUCCACCGAAUUCUCCUGCUGCGUUGAUGUCAACAUGUGCUGUUCGAACAAGCUCUUUUAGAGAUUCAGCAUCAUUCAUUUCGCAUGCAAGAUGAAUUGGCUGAUUAUUUCGAUUGUCAGCUAUCUCAGCGUUACAUCCGAGAAGGAGCAGAUGAUAUAGAGACGUGAUCUGUUGUUCUAGAAUGGCCAGAUGAAGUGAGGUGUGGCCUUGACUAUUUUGCUGAUUAAUAUCUGCUCCUUGAGAGACUAAAAGAUCGAUUAUUCUCAGAAAGCCACGAUUUACAGCAUAAUGGAUCAAAAAAUUUCCUCGACUGUCUCUCUGUGCCACCAGAUUCGGGUUAUCCACAAGGAGAUCAAAGAGCUCUACUGCUUUAUUCCGAUUCACACACAUGAUAGCGGAAAUGAGUUCAGAUUUCGUUCCGUCACUGUCGUCUUUGAGUGUGCUAAGGCGGUAGGAAGCAGAUAUCUCCGAUCUCGAUACAUUGA